CAUCUAUACUGUCAUUAUGUGCCCCACAAUGAAAGUAGUUAGGCAGGGAACCGAAAAUUCUCCUGGACAACAAUCAACAACCUCAAAGUCUUGGAUCUCAUCUUACUCCAUGGUACUCUUGGUGCUUUCGAUAAUUGUUGCUUCAAUAGGGAUUCAGAUCUUCAAGAAACAAGAAGAUGAUUUGAGUGAUAUCGGUGAAGAGCUUCGGAUUCUUUUGGUUGGAAAAACAGGUGUGGGGAAAAGCGCAACAGGCAACACUAUCCUGGGAAAAAGGGUUUUUCAAUCAGAAAUAUCAUCCUCCUCUGUGACUCCACAAUGCGAAAAAUUUCAUGCAAUAAUAAAUGGAAGAAAAGUAUCUGUCAUUGACUCUCCAGGUCUGUUUGACACCGGCCUAACUGCAGAUGAGGUGGUGGACAGAAUUAAACAAUGUAUUCCACUCUCUGCUCCUGGUCCACACGUGUUCUUAGUUGUGAUUCAGCUGGGCAGAUUCACAGCUGAAGAAGCUGAAACAGUUAAAAUCAUCCAAGCAAUUUUUGGUAAAGAAGCCUCCACAUACAGCAUGGCACUGUUCACUCAUGGAGAUCGAUUGAAGGGCAAAAACAUUCACACAUUUGUGCGUGACAGCCCAAAACUGGUCAGUUUCAUCAAAACUUGCAGUGGACGAUACCAUGUGUUCAACAAUGAAAAAGAGAAUCCAGAACAGGUCGUUCAGUUGCUUGACCAGAUUGAUAAAAUGGUCACUGGAAACGGUGGGCAACACUACACCAAUGAGAUGCUGGAGAGGGUGGAGAAAGCAAUUGAGGAACAGAAACAACGUAUCCUGAAAGAGACAGAGGAGAAAAGACAGAAGGAAAUUGCAGCUCUGAGGGCUCAACUUGAAGAUGAGGCCUUUGAAAAAGCAAAAAAAAAGUUAAACAAUGAAUAUGAGCAGAAGGCAAGAAUGGAAGCUGAGAUUAACUUUCCAUUCCUAGUGGUCCAAGUGAUUAAGUAUUUGAUGAUGGCAUUACAAAAUAUAUAUUUUUGAUCACCUUGCGAUGUGACACAUCUGAGCCCAGACCAUGUGUGGCUACUGCAAGACAAAUUGUAUUAACUGCAGAAGGCAAUUAAAAUCUCAUGACUUUUAAAGGGCUAUAGGGUGCAAACUUUGUGAAUGAGUGAAAUCUGCAGGCCAUAAGCAUCAUAAUUGAUUUUUCCACAAUACUGUAUUUCAUGUGUAUUAUGAUAGUUCCGGGUGAAUGUAUAAGAAUGUGAAGAAUGUAUUGGAAUAUAAAAAAACUCUUUUUGGUUUA